ACACACACACGGUCAGUAACACACACACGGUCAGUAACACACACACUCGGUCAGUAACACACACUCGCUCAGUAACACACACACGGUCAGUAACACACACACGGUCAGUAACACACACUCGGUCAGUAACAUCUCAGAAAUAACCUGAUAUUUUAUCGACAUGGCGACGUUCAGAUCAAAGAACAUGGUUCAUGACCAAAUCUCAGAGUUACAGAGAAAGAUCCAGCUCCUGGAGGGAGAGAGAAGCGCGCAGUAUGAGAGCUCACAGUGUUUAAUAAAGAAAAACAAAGAGAAGAUCCUGCAGCUCAGACAUGAGAAUAAACUCCUACACCGGAAACUGGCUGAGGCGCUCGCUGGAGAUGAGCAGGUCAUCAGAGACGCUUUUCAUGCCCGCAGCUCUGAGAAGGCCGCCUACAGGAACAUGUCCGCGAAGGCAGCAGUGCAGGUUCUGGAUCAGAAAGUGUGUGAUAAAGUGAAGAAGCUGAACGCACUGAAACAUGCGACGAACACACAGCGCCACCGUCUGGAAAAACUGAACACUGAGUAUAACACUGUGAGAGCAACCAGACCUGGCCUUCUGACUGAUGGGGUCGCCAUGAACCUGCGUGUGUUGGAGAACCGGUUAGAAAAAGCACAGCUGAAAUGUCAGGAGACUGAACACAUCAUGAGGAGCUACCAAAAACUAAAGGAGCACCUGCAGGAGGAGAGUCUGAUGUUCCAGUCAAAGUUAGAUGAGUUGGAGUGUGAGAUUAUUCAACAGAAACAGGAGCUCAAAGAUCUACAGUUAAUGAACAACAACGCACAUCAGGCCAAAGACACAGCCAAGGCGGAGCUACAGAAUCAGGAGUUGCUGGUGUACAGUGAGAGGAGAGAGAGAGAGCUCACCCUGAAUCACUACAAAAAACACACAGAGGAACAAAAAACACAAACUGACCGUGGUGAACGCAGAGCACAGAGGGUGGCGCUCCACACAGAUGAUUUGAGCAGUGAAAUUCAGCACAGUGGAACAGCAGAGGAAGUGAACUACAGAACCAUCUCCAGCUUUGAGGAGGCUUUCAUACGCAUCACAGAGGCUACAGGAGUCACUGACAUGCAGGAGGUGGUGGACAGAUUCAUAUCUCAAUGUGACACUUACACACACCUGGAGAAGAUGAAGAUGCAGAAUGAGAAUGAACUUCAGUGGCUGAAGGAGGAGAGAGACAAAUUACACACUCAGUACCAGGACAUGAAGUAUUCAGGAGAGACCAACCUGACCCAGAGGAGGAGGUUGUUGGAGGAGUGUGUGUCUCAGUUACAGAGGGAACAGCAGAGACAAGAUGCAGCUAAAGAGACUGUGGAGAGACUCACACACACACUGAGCACCGUGAGCAAUGCUGUGGAACAUCUAUGUAACAGAAUGCAGCACAUCACACUGCAGGAUGCCCCUAAGCAGCGGGAGUGUGUGUUUCCUCUGCCUGUGUUAGACCUGCUGCAGGAGGCAGAACUGAAACUGAUGCAGCUGCAGAAUGAACUACAGGGACACGAUGUACACACACUGAUCAAGGAGAUGGAAGAGCUGGAGUUCCAUGCCAGCAUUGAAGGGAAAUUGCCUGACUACAAUACCCGUAUCACACUACUGGAUUAUCAGAGAGCCGACCUGCAUGAAGAAGAUGAUGACAGCGAGGAUGAUGAUUGUGAUGUCAUCACUCGGAUGUCCCUUAAACGGCAGUCGCAGCUCAUCAUCGACUCAAAGACAAAGAGGAAGACUCGUCUGAGGAAGAGGAAGAGCAAACUUCCAUAACGUAAUUAAAAAAAAACAUAAUAAACAAUCAUCAUAAAAAACAAGAAAACAUAUUUCUGUUAUUAUUAUUAGAUUAUUAAAUAAAGAUACAUGUUGCUCUUUUACUUCUCGUUACAUGUAGACAUGAUGUCAGCAUGAUGAUGUCAUCGUGAUGACGUCAGGCGUGAUGAUGUCAGUGUGAUGUAGCACUGUAUAUCACAGAGCAGAUAAAUAGACCUGAUGCACAUAUAAUAAAUAUAAAUACUGAGUGAAUGUGGUUUAAUAAACACAGGGUUACAUACAAAUUUACUCCAAUAAAAGUUUGAUAAAUGCUGA